CCAUCUCGACGUCCCAGAACGGCAAGCACAGGAACGGGCGCGUACCCGACGACGACGACGCGAUGAGCGAGACCGAGGACGUCCCCCAGUCUCAAAGUACCAGUGCUGCAUCUAGACCCGCCCCGCGCCGUCGGAAACGCGCCGCCGCGUCUUCGGACGAGUCGAGCGACGACGACGACACGCCACUCGCCACUUCACCUGCCAAACCGAAGAAGACCAAGUCAGCCGCCGUACCCAUGCCAGGCGCCAAAGCUGCAACAACUGUCUCGGCCAAGUCGGUGAAUGGGAACGGACGGGCAGCGGCAAAGGCCAAGGCCAAGGCCAAGGUCAAGGCAGAGCCCAAGUCCGACCCCGAAAGCGAGGACGAAGACGAGGACGACAGCACCCCAGCGCCAAACCGCAAGCGCAAGCCGGUGGCGGCGUCUAGCAAGAAGGCGCCCCCGUCCAAGAAGGUCAAGCGGGAGUCGGAUGAUGAUGACUCAGACGACGACGCGCCCCUCGCUGCCACUACGCCGAAGAAGGCGCCCGCUAAGCGCGCGUCGAAGAAGGUCAAAGCUGAGAGCGACGCCGACGAGGAUGAAAAGCCCGUUAAGAAGAAGCGCGCGACGAAGAAGGCCAAGGACGAGUCUCCCUCUGACGUGAAACCCAAGAAGGGACGCAGCAAGUCGGCUACUGCCAAGGACGAGCUUGCGGAGGGCGAGGCCGACGAGGUGUACAAGUGGUGGGAGGCGCAGCAGGCCAACAGCGGCGAUGGCGAGGAGAAGUGGCAAACCCUCGAGCACAAUGGUGUUAUAUUCCCGCCGCCGUACGAGUCGCUGCCGUCGAAUGUGAAGAUGAAGUACAAGGGCAAGGAAGUCGUCCUCACGCCAGAAGCCGAGGAAGUCGCUGGCUUCUACGGUGCAAUGCUGGAGACGGACCACGCGCAGGACGCGACGUUCAACAAGAACUUCUUCACCGACUUCCUCAAGGUCCUUGCGGACUACCCUCCUCGCAACGGCGUCAGGCACGGCGCGAAGAAGGAGAUCAAGAAGCAGAAGGACGCACUGGAGGAGAAGUACACGUCGUGCGUGCUCGACGGGCGCAAGGAGAAGGUGGGCAACUUCCGCGUUGAGCCGCCAGGCUUGUUCCGGGGGCGCGGGGACCAUCCGAAGAAGGGCGCUUUGAAGCUCCGCGUGCGUCCAGAGGACAUCACGAUCAACAUUGGCGCGGGGGUGCCUACACCCGUGCCGAACAUGCCCGGGCAGUGGAAACAGGUCGUGCACGAUAAGACGGUGACGUGGCUCGCAAACUGGGUCGAGAACGUGAAUGGGAACUAUAAGUAUGUGUUCCUCGCCGCGGGCUCGUUGCUCAAGGGCCAGAGCGACAUGGCCAAGUUCGAGAAGGCGCGGGAACUCAAGAAACACGUCGAUCGCAUCCGGUCGGAUUACACCGCGGACCUCAAGAGUAAGGUGAUGGCGGACCGGCAGCGCGCGACGGCGAUGUACUUCAUCGACCGGGUCGCGCUCCGAGCGGGCAACGAGAAGGGCGAGGACGAGGCGGACACGGUCGGCUGUUGCUCGCUGCGGUGCGAGCACGUCACGCUCGAGGCGCCCAACUUCAUCAUCUUCGACUUUUUGGGUAAAGAUUCGAUCCGGUACUACAACCGCGUCACUGUCGACCAGCAGGUGUUCAAGAAUAUCAGGCUGUUCAAGGAUAACAAGGACGACAGCGACAAUCUGUUUGAUCGGGUUAAUACAAGCUUGCUGAACAAGCAUCUGGCGUCGUACAUGAAGGGUCUGACGGCGAAGGUGUUCCGUACGUACAACGCCUCGAUCACGUUCCAGCAGCAGCUGGACGAGGGCACGCCGGAGAUGGCAACGGUGCAGGAGAAGUUGAACGCGUACAACCACGCGAAUCGGAUGGUCGCUAUCUUGUGUAACCAUCAGCGGAGUGCGCCCAAGACGCACGAGCAGUCGAUGGAGAAGAUGCGCGAGCGGCUACGCGGGUUCAAGUACGACUGGAUGAAGCUGCGGCACGUGCUCUUCGCAAUGGACCCCAAGUACAAGAAGAAGAAGGGGUUCGCGGAGGACGAGUCGGACAUCGACGACGACUUUGUCGCGCAGCACGAGGACUCACUCAAGGCGAAAGAGAUCGAAAAGGCCGAGAAGAAAUUCGCGAAGGAGAACGAGAAGCUCGUUGAGGAGGGCUCCACAGCGCAGAAGGACAGCGUGCUCAAGGAGCGCGUCGACAGCAUCAAGGACGAGUUCAAGCGGCUCGCCAAGGAGCGAGGGACGAAGAAGGCGAGCUUGAAGCGCGAUCGGCCCCCCGAGAAGCUCGAGGAGGCGGUGCAGAAGCUGGGAGAGAAGAUCAAGACGUUUAAGCUGCAGAUGGACGACCGCGAGGCGGGCAAGGAGGUUGCGCUGGGGACGAGUAAGAUUAAUUAUUUGGAUCCGAGGAUUACGGCCGCGUGGUGCAAGACGCACGAGGUGCCGAUUGAGAAGAUCUUCUCGAAGACGCUGCUGACGAAGUUCCCGUGGGCGAUGGAGGCUGACGACGACUGGAAGUUCUGAGCUCGUCCGUCUCGAUCUCUCGGUCCUUUGUCGCCCCCAUCCACCAUCCCCCAUUGCAAUACCCCUGGUUUUAUGGGUCCGAAACCCACUAUGUAUGCCCGGUGGCGAAUACGCCUCGGAACUCGGUCACGCGCUGGAGGUUUGCUGGUGGUAUAGGGGGCGGAUGCUAAUGGAAGUUGCUGAUGAGGCCAGGGUUGAUUUAUCUGCUGCAUACAAGGAUGGGUUCGUUGCUCGGAGCCCCUCAUGUCUGAAUUAUAGAUGCACACAUACAGUAUGACAUAGGGCAGUUGGUCAUCCACGUUAUGACGACGAAGUCAAUGCGCAACACAACAUUGUUAUCUACACACGAAUCAUUGUCAAUCAGUACAUAAGCAUGGCCACUAUUAAUACUAGUAUCUAAUUUAUGGGUGUGGGUUACGCGGUGUUGUUAACUAGGCUUGUAGAAUAGAGCAUAGUGAUAGAGGGUGCAAUUUGAUGCCACAUUCACGCACUCGUUCGCACCGACAUGGAACUCGCAUAGGCCAGCUACAGUACGUCCUCGAAAACAAGGGACUGGCUGACAGGUUUGAUGGCGAGGCUUUCUGGACGCAAACUUAGUUCUUUAGCUAUGUCAUUGAUCCGGAUACUGAAAUCUUCGUAAAUUUGGGACUAAACUGUGUGCGCUCCCAAUACUCGGGCGCUUCUUAGGCCGAUGCGACGGUUUGAACAAACCGGAAGACAGUGAGCAUAUUUGUCACACUAUCAGCGUUCCAUGUACGAAGGCAUGAUACGCGGACCAUCGUAGUAAAAAGGAACAUUACGUGGAUAACUUCACCCUCUUGUUUUGUUCUUGCGCACUACUGCUAUCCGGGUCCUCCAGUCGGGGGCGGCCCGUGUUCUGCCAUUUGCUGCUGAUUAACGUCAUGGAAAAGAGGCUGAGACGCUUGUUCACCUCCGACGCUAUGUCGCCGAUCCAUUGGGCGAGAUCAUCGUAUGGUACGGAGGGGAAAUGCGUGUCCUUCCAGACGGGAGUACCCGAGGGGAGCACUUUGUCGAGGGGAGCACUUUGUCAGGCGGAGAUGAUUGAAGCGUUUCAUAGGCUAAUGCGAGAGACUCAAUAAAUAGGAACCCGUUAAGUAUGGCGACGCAUUGAGCAUCGGUAUAGACCUGCUGCAAUGCACUGGAGAGCAAACGAUCGUAAAAGCUGUUGGCAAGGAUCAAGGCAAAUAGGCGGGCGUCGUUGCCUUUGACUCCGCAGUUGAAAAGUAGGUUUCCUGCUACCCUCAGAUCGAACGAGAUCGAUGUGAUCUCCUCGCGAG